AUGACGCUCAGUUUGAUGCGCAUUGCCAAUAGAUUGGAUGGCAAUGCUCCACAAUUUUGCUUUCCAGUAGCUUUCUAUGAAGAUGGCAGAGAAUCAUACAGCAAUUUGGCAAGGACAAUAUACGACAACUCAAGUCCGUCCACAAAGCCAGUCCAACCCUUCCUUCAGGGACUGCUUGAUGGCAAAUAUCACAUGAUGGUGGUAUCAGCAUGUCACGACGGCGAAGUUAUCGAUGCACAAUGUUUGGUUGUCGAGUACAGUGGCAUUUCGGUGUAUGCGAAGAAUGAGAUCUUAAUCGAUGAUAUCUGUGAACGGAUUUUGCCCGAUGCAGACCACCGCGAGCUCUCUCUUGCUAUCCAAGACGCAUCAACACGGAAACAGCCAGAGAUUUUAUUGCUUGACAAGGUUAGAAGAUGCUCCUUGGCGGUCAGACUUGUGCUUUCGAACGAAGAUAUCGGGGAUGGCGAUGAGAUUGAUAGGACACUAUAUGCAGGCAUCCAACUUUAUCAACGUGGCUCGACUCAAGUACUUGUCGGUCGCCUCCCUUUCACAUCCACACUCUUUGUGCCAUCCACUGCUGAAGUGAAGGUUCGUUGUUAUGCAUGUCGUCCAUUUACUGCUGACGAUCUAAAGCUUAACAUUGCCGUGUCAGGUCAACGCACGGCUGCCAGCAAAUAUCCUUGCCCCAUUUGCAUUGCUUCAAGCGAUCAAUUCAAUCAAUGCGUGCAUGGGCUCAAAGCUCCCCUUCGCGAGGGACCAAAUCACAACAACAGACUAUACAACAAAUUCGUGGAAGUGGCGGGCGGAAGAGCUUCAAAGGUGGCUGCAGAUUCAUCAGCAGCCUCGAUGAGUAUUAAGGGAAAAGCGAAGAGUGUUGUCAGUCGGCCACUACUGUUAACACCACCACUACAAAAUACGGCAGGAUCAAUGCAUGUUUGUCAGGGGAUAAUGACGCAUCUCACAAGACGAACCUUUGAUCUAUUAGAGCAGAUCGAUCGCAAGGCCGAUUGGUUUCGCAAGCUGAAAGGGGUUGUCAAGGAUGCAAGCGAUACGACUGAGAUCAAAGACAAAAUUAAGGACAUGCACCAAAAGGAUCGUGCCCUCUACAAACAGAAGGAAGCCGCAUCGAAGUGGUCAAACGUUCCUUCCCAAGUCGAACGUGCUGCUAUAUUGCAGGCUGAAAGAGAGCAGCACUGCAUUCAAUCAGGAAUGGCGGCAUGGGCAGCAGUUCAAAAAGCGGCAACAGAGCUCUCGUCAAACGGAAACCAAUUCAUUAAAGACUCCGGCUCAAAGCCAGAAGGAGAGGCCAGCUACUUGCUGUAUCAGUCGUUUUGUGUUGAUGGCGGAGUUCGAUUCAAUGUGGAGCACUCGGGCUUGGAACUGACCAAUGCUAAUGGUAUCAAAGUGCUUUCAAAAUACGAGGUUAUUGCAAAGCGAGUGGAAGAAGCGUAUGCUUUCGGAGAGGAGACACACCUCCAGUCGGAAGUAAAGACUGUAAUGGCAAUGUGGCGGAGCCUGGCAAAGCUCCUGCUGGAGCUGUCAGCAAUCCUGAAACGACAAUCAAAGCUGUCCACUGAGGAAAUCGCACGUCUAAAGCAUUGCUCGAUCGAAUACGGCCGGCAGUGGACAACAAUGAUUGAAGGGAAAGAGACUGUGUUCAACAAGCUACACACGCUGAUUGCUCAUUUAGCAUCCUUUGCUGAGGAGCAUGGAACGAUUGGGUUGGUGAAUGAGGAGAGCUUUGAAGCUACCCACCCAAGAGCCCAAACCAUUAGCAGCCACUUGCGAAGCAUGGUAUCAACAGAGGGCAAAGUCCAGAAGACGGUCCAGCGAUUCUCCCUCGGCCUCAACAGUGAAUAUCAAACAGAAAAAACGGCGCUUCAAGACAAUCGGAAGAAAGGACCUCGAAAGCUGGCCAACGGUAGCAAAUACAAAGUCGCACACCAAACACGACAACACGAUGAUGCUCCCAUCUGCAAUCCAACCGAGGAGAGUCUUCUUCCGAAAGGGUUGGCUUUUGUCGACACCAAUAGAGCCAUUGUCAAGAUCGAGUGGUUAGAUUACUACAACUAUCUGGUUUGUGGUCGAGUACCUUCAUCUUGGAGGAAGCCCUUCAAUGAAGAUGAAGAUAUCGGUGCUGUAUUCAAGGUCAAGUCAGAGUUUGUUUAA